AUGCUAGCCACCCCUCUGGCAGCUCCUGCGGGCGCCCCCUCCAGGAGAAAGCGGUUGGAGUUGGACAAUGACCCAGGCACAGAGAGUCCCACCCGCAAACAAGCUCGAAGGGGGCCCCAGCCCUGGCUGCCUCCCUGCCUGCUGCCUCUGAGCCCACCCCCUGCUCCAGCCCAAGGUCUCGCUGUGACCACUGCCUCCCGGCUUGGGCCCUAUGUCCUCCUGGAGCCCGAGGAAGGCGGCCGGGCCUACCGGGCCCUGCACUGCCCCACUGGCACUGAGUACACCUGCAAGGUGUACCCGGUCCGCGAGGCCACGGCGGUGCUGGAGCCCUACUGGCGGCUGCCCCCGCGAGGACACGUGGCCCGGCCCACCGACGUCCUGGCAGGCCCCCGCCACUUGUACACCUUCUUCCGGCGGUCCCACGGGGACAUGCACAGCCUGGUGUGCCGCCGCCACCGCCUCCUGGAGCCCGAAGCGGCCACGCUCUUCCGCCAGAUGGCCGCCGCCCUGGCUCACUGUCACCAGCACAGGCUGGUCCUGCGCGAUCUCAAGCUGCGGCGCUUUGUCUUCACCGACCACGAGAGGACAAAGCUGGUGCUGGAGAACCUGGAGGACGCCUGUGUGCUGACCGGACCCGACGACUCCCUAUGGGACAAGCACGCGUGUCCGGCCUACGUGGGACCGGAGAUCCUCAGCUCCAAGUCCUGCUACUCGGGCAAGGCCGCCGACGUGUGGAGCCUGGGCGUGGCGCUCUUCACCAUGCUGGCUGGCCACUACCCCUUCCAGGACUCAGAGCCUGUCCUGCUCUUUGGCAAGAUCCGCCGCGGUGCCUUUGCCCUGCCGCAGGGCCUCUCGGCUGCUGCCCGCUGCCUGGUCCGCUGCCUCCUUCGACGGGAGCCAGCGGAGCGGCUCACAGCCACGGGCAUCCUGCUGCACCCCUGGCUGCGGGAGAACCCGAUCCCCUUAGCUCCAUCCCGAUCCCGCUUCUGGGAGGCUGACCAGGUGGUCCCCGAAGGGCCAGGGUUGGAGGAGGCUGAGGAAGAGGAGGGAGGAGGAGAAGUGGGUCUGUAUGGCUAG